CAUCUAAUUCUUUCAAAAGUUUGCCAAAUAGUGAAAUACACCCUAUUUAUUAAAGAUAUAUUUUGACACCGAAAAUAUAAUUUGGCAUGAAGAAAGAUUGAAAAAUGAAAUAUAAGAUUAUGGAGAGUUAAAAGGGAUGUAAAAUGGAACAGUAUGAUAAAGGAGAAGUCAGGGUGGUGGAAGCACCUCCUAUCUUUGUUCUGAAUGAAACUGGUAUUGAAAUGAAAGUUAAUGCAGGAAGUAAAAUACGUAAUCUCAUGGGAUUCGCUAUGAAAAAAAUGAAGGAACCAACAAUAAAACAGAUGACUUGGAAUGGAUCUGGGAAUGCUAUGAACAAAGCUAUAUCUUGUGCAGAAAUUAUGAAAAGAAAAACAAAGGGGCUACAUCAGAUUUCAAAGGUUUACUACAGAAGGAUUGAAGAAUACUGGGAACCUAAAAUAGAAGGACUUGAAAGAUUAAAAGUAAAUAGAGAUAUACCAGCUAUUAGCAUACUGUUAUCUAAAGAACCAUUGGAUUCCACCGAACUUGGGUAUCAAGCACCUGGUUCCUACAAUGCAUUUUGGAAAUCUGACGAACAGAAUACUGACAAACCAGCUAAAAAAUAUUCAUAUGGGAGAAGUGGUCCAGGGGGAGAUAACUUCAAGAAAAGAGAAAAGAAAAGGAAGAAUGACUUUCAAAAAUCUCAGGGAGAAAAACAAGACAAUCCAAAGAUGAAAAAGGACAGUCAAAAUUUAAAAGUAAACCAACAGUCAAGUUGAUAAUAGAAUACAUUUUAGGUUUACAUAUUUGUCCAGAAGAUAUUUAUAAGUUUCAAUUUGCCAUGUGGAACUUACUAACUCAAAAUCUGAGACACAUCACUUACAUAGAAAAACAUCACUGAUGUUUGAGAUUUAAUAACAAUGAAUAAUGGUUCUUAAUUUUCCAGUGAAUGUACAGCCUAUCAGAGUUGUACAAGUUGUUAUCUUCAAUUCAUAUUAAUACCAUAGACUGGUGUUUCUAAAGGUGCUUUAAUAUAGUAAUACAUUUUGUUAUGGAGACAGCAAUUAUUUAAUGACAUUAGAAAAAUGUUACUGGUUAUAAAUUUGAAUAUGAAGUAGAAUUGAAUUGAAAAGUUUGUUAUAAAAUAAAAUACGAUCAGAUAACAUGA